GUGACCUGCCUCUUUUAGGCUCACUCUGUGACUGAAGGCAGCAGGUUACUUAUCAGUGUCCCAGCAUAAUUUGAUUCGAUUGUUUCUGCAUCUAUGGACUGAUAACAACAUUUUGGGACAAAUCACUGCUGGAGAGAAGUGUUCUCAUUCCUAUAUUGCUCCUAUUAUUCUCUCUGUCUUGCUCUCUCUUCACCCUCUUCUCUUAUUUUCUUGCACUCAACGGCUGAAUGGAUAAGGCUGGGAGGCUUGAGGCUUGUGGCCCCCUGGCAAGCAAUGAACAAAUCACCGAGGAAACAGCACCUAGUUCUAAACUGUUCAGCUGCAGCUGUGUGCGUCGCUGGGUUCCACUGGCCUACAGAGAGGAGCUCUACCACGUCCUGUGCCUGACUGGGCCCCUGCUCAUCUCCAGGAUCUUAAACUUUCUGCUGCCAUUCGUCAUCACAAUAUUCUGUGGUCACCUAGGAAAUGCUGAAUUGGCUGGAUAUGCCCUGGCCUCUGCGACGAUUAAUGUGACCACAACUGCUACUGGAUGCGGUCUGGCCCUCGCAUGUGACACACUCGUCUCUCAGACAUUUGGCAGUAAGAACCUAAAGCGUGUGGGGGAAAUUCUCCAGAGAAGCAUAAUCAUCCUUUUACUCUUCUGCCUGCCAUGCUGGGCCAUGCUCAUCAAUGCUGAGUCAAUACUCCUCACACUGAAGCAAGAGCCAGAGGUGGCCAGGAUUGCACAGCUGUAUGUUAUGGCUUUCCUCCCUGCUGUCCCUGCCAUGUUUCUGCACCAACUGCAGGUGUCUUAUCUGCAAAACCAGGGCAUCAUCCUGCCCCAGAUGUACACAGCAGUUGCUGCCAACAUUUUAAAUGUAGCAACAAACUACGUCCUCCUUCACUCAAUGAAGCUGGGAGUGAUGGGCUCUGCUGCAGCCAACAGUUUCUCACAGAUCUCCAGCUGCCUCCUGUUGUUUGCUUACAUACGCUGGAAAAAGCUGCAUGUGAAGACAUGGGGUGGCUGGUCUAGUGCAUCACUGCAGGAGUGGGGCUCCUACAUGAAACUGGCCAUUCCCAGCACUCUUAUGCUCUGUUUUGAGUGGUGGAUCUAUGAGAUUGGAAGUUUCCUUGCAGGAAUGCUGGGGGAGGCAGAUCUUGCUGCUCAACAUGUGUUGCUGGAGGUGGGGACCAUUACUUACAUGUUUCCAUUAGGUGUGCACGCAGCCGCUUGUGUGCGUGUGGGAAAUGCACUGGGAGCUGGAGACACUAACAGGGCCCUAAUCACCAGUAAAGUGACUCUCAUGAUCUCAGGAGUUUUGGCUAUUUUACAGGGUAUCGUGAUGGGUUCUUCAAAGUCAGUAGUGGGCUACAUCUUUACCACUGAUGAGAGCAUAGUGAAGAUGGUCUCAGAAAAUCUCACCCUGUUCGUCUUCCUGCAGUUUUUUGAUGCUCUUGUGUGUGUGUGUUCAGGGAUUCUUCUGGGUGCUGGAAAGCAGAAGAUAGCAGCACUGUCCAACUUGAUCUGUUACUACUGCAUUGGAUUACCAGUGGGAAUAUCUCUGAUGUUUCUGGCUGAGCUCAGGAUACUUGGUCUGUGGCUUGGCCUCUUGAUUUGUGUCAUUAUUCAAAGUUGUUUCUUCACCACUCUCAUCUUCAAGCUCAACUGGAAGAAAGUGACAGAGCAGGCCCUGAAACGUGCAGGCAAACAUGCAAUAGUGUGCAUCCGAAAGGCAUCAUCGAUAGGACAGACAGUCCUCAAUACACUAGUUUCUGAAGGGCAGGAUGAUGCAGAGCAAAAGCCUGAUGGAGGAGCUUCAGCAAGUAUCCCUGAACCUUGGGAUGACAUAACUGGAAACAAAGCUCAGCUAACAAGUAAUAGCUCUGAAGCGGCCGGGUAUGUACAAGUUUGUACCCAGGAGAUGGGUAAACUAGUAAUGGAGAGCGAAUCUGGAAAAGCCCAACCUAAAGUCUUGCUCUCUACGAACCAGCUUGUGCUUAGACGGGGACUUACACUGUUGACCACCCUCCUGAUCCUGAUAGCUGGAAUCGCUGUGCAUGUAGCUUGUCCUCUUCCAGAAAAUUUUAUUCCACAUCAGAGCAACCUAACAAUGGAUUCAAAUAUUUUUUACACAACUAACACCUUCCUCAACACCACAGCAAGCUCACUCUAACUUGAACCAUCUUACAAGGCCCAAAUUAAAAAAAAAAUUGGGACCGCAACUGGGUCAAUCCAUCCAAUCUCUACAAGGAGGACAUAAGCAAAUCAGCCAAUACCGGCAAAAUGACAUUUGUCAGUGUUAUUUAAGAGAAAAAAAUUUGAUUACAUCUCUGCCAGCUUGUAGGCUUGCAGAAGAGUACAUCUCUGAAUGUACAAUAUGGACUUCUACAAAUUUUCUGGGACACUCUCCAGCCCAGCUGUCUAGGCCAAAAUACAGCUGAAUAAGACUACUGAAAAGAGCAGUACUUAUUGUGCAGUAUAUAUUAUUUCAUUUCUUAGUGAACUGAUUUUACAUUUUAGACAUAUAUAUAUAUAUAUAUAUAUAUAUAUAUAUAUAUAUAUAUAUAUAUAUAUAUAUAUAUAUAUAUAUAUAUAUAUAUAUAUAUAUAUAUAUAUAUAUAUAUAUAUAUAUAUGGUUAUAUGAGUCAGAUUAAAAGGUUGUAGUUUUUCUUGUUAAUGUAUUUAUCAUAUCAAAGUAAAGCACAAAGUGAUAUACUAUUAAAAACAUUCUUUACAAAGUUCUUUUACACAAGCAUUUAAAGCUACUCUGCACAUUUUUUGAUAAAAAUUUGUCCAUUCAAGCGCAAAGAAGAUGUGAAAGAGAAUUCAAUUCAGUAGGCUAUUCUCGCUCUGUCUGAGAGGCAGCUUUCUGGGAGCGCGCUUCAGAUGUUUGCACACAGAAAACAUCUUGAAAACAUCAUGUGAUUACUGUGCUUUAAUAAUGUAGGGAACCACUUGUUAUACAUAAAUCAUGUAACAGUUCAUGUCUUACUUACAUAUAGGAUUUAGUUUUAAUCCAAAUGAUGCAUGUGUGCUGAGUGAGCGUUCAGCAACCAAGAGCAUGCAACACAAGUGUGCACGCUCUCUCACUCUUUAUCAUCAGUGUCAGUUAACAUUAGUAAUAUGUUCCUCGUUUUACUUUCUUUGCUAUUGACAUCUGAUUGAACUACAAACUUUCCGAUGUAUGUAAAAAAAAGAAAAGAAAAAAGGGAUGAGCUCAACAA